GUAGGGAGGUAGAUAAGGGAAUGCAGGGUGACGUAUCUCAGUUUACACUCCACUCUAGAUUCUCCCACAGGUGAAGGAGCAGCUAAACAUUACUAUGAAGAGGCCAAGGUGUGUGCUGCAGGGCCUGUGUGUUGCUCUGUGUGUGAGACUCUGUGUGAGAGCUUAUGAAGAAGGAUCUCAGUUAGUGUCAAGGGGCACUACAGCGUGUAAAGAUCUGAAAGUAGAUCACCCUACACGUGCUGGAACUUCUGCUCAGAUGUCACCUCCACCCUACAUCAUCACAGUCAGCCAGACCUCUCACCAGCCUGGAGACACCAUUACAGUGACCAUCUCUGGGUUCUGGCUGAGAGGAUUCCUGUUGCUGGCUCAGCUGGUGGGUGGGGAUUUUGCUGUUGGUACCUUCGCUCUCACUGAUGCUACAGAAACUCAACUGCUGGCCUGCAACGGAGCAAACUCUGCUGUAACUCAACAACGAGACAAAAACCUGUCCCAAGUCAAUGUCAUCUGGACCUCCCCUCUGUCUCAGCCAAUAGGAGACAUUGUGUUCAAAGCCACCGUUGUGCAGAUAUUUCCCAUUUUCUGGGAGGCGAUUCCAAGUGCAACUGUCAAAGGACCUGUAGUAACAACCACAACUGUCCCUCCUCCAACUACAACUGCCCCUCCCACAACUACAGCUGUCCUUCCCACAAUGACAACUGCCCUUCCCACAACUACCCCUCCCGCAACUACAGCUGCCCUUCCCACAACGACAACUGCCCCUCCCACAACUACAACUGCCCUUCCCACCACUACAACUGCCCUUCCCACAACUGCUCCUCCCCCAACUACAACUGCCCCUACCACAACUUCAACUGCCCUUCCCACCACUACAACUGCCCUUCCCACAACUACCCCUCCCACAACUACAACUGCCCCUCCCACAACAAUUGCCAAUCCAAACAUUAGCAUGGCUGGCUGUGGGAGUACCUUUGACUGUGUCUCCAAUCCCCCGGACUGUGACAUCGAGAACAUGCCCUGUGAAUUUGCAAAAAUACCCAAAUCAAAUGAAACCAAAAUGCAAGGCAGAAUCCAAAUGAGAGGGGAGACAGUAGGAUACUUUGCAGUGGGAAAUCUACCCAACACACCCAUGACCAGCAGCAAUGCAAUUGCUUGUGCCCAAAACACAAAUGGAACCUUUAGUGUUUUUCAUCUCCAGUUCAACAUGUGUUCUGUCCUCAUCCUUCAGACAGUAGGUACAGAUGUGUUGGGGUCACUGAAUGCAGCUGUUCUACGCUGUACAUUCCUCAUCAGAAAUACAGAAAUCCUUCCUCAGCUCACCAAUAGAUCAGCUGUGUUUUUUGCCACUGGGACCUUCGAAGGAGGUAAACUUGGUCCUCCGAAUGUGACCCUGCUAGCCAGCCCAGGAGCCUCUGCCACUCCUGCUACCAUCACUGGGGGUGUGUCCGCUGGAUCCAGUCUUGCUGCAGGCACACAUAUUGAAGGCCUAACGGUGCUCACAGUCAGCCUGGCUCUCAGGAUGCUCUGGACUCCACACUGAAGAGGCUGCUCAUCCAUAGCUCUCAGCUCCGCUUGUUAGGUCUGCUACUCAUUUAUAGCUCUGAGCUUGUAUAUAAGUUAUAUAUAAGUAUAAUAACUGUACAAUGACAUCAUGUGUCAUUUAACAGCUGAGCCACUGUGGGAAUCAAUUGCCAAUCAAAGAAAUUCUGCUUAUUUAGUACAUUUUUGUAUCAUUACUGUAAAAAGACACUUUUUUGAGUCAUGUUGAUGCUAUGUUCAGAGUUUAUUUUAUUUAUUUACAAGCAGGCCAUAACGCCAGGGCCCAUUCUGACAGUACAGGCUGAGCCCUGAUGCUGCUCUUUUUGCAGGACUGUCACACAUGCGCUGCACUGAUCACAAGGCAAUUUCAGCAGCACACACAAAAAUAAAUGAAUUUAACAUUUGAA